AUCACCAAUAUAAAUAUAUACAAAACACAUAUAUUUAUCAAUAUCAUCCUCAACAACACAACUAAAAUGGAGUUUUUCAACAAAUCAAAAACCGUGAAACUCCGAAGCCACCUCGGCAAGUACCUAGUAGCAGACGAAAACCACAACAACCACCUCCGUCAAAGCAAAAAAGGAGCAACCAAAACAGCACUAUGGUUAAUCGAACCAGUCGAAACAAAACCCCACCACAUACGGCUUCGGAGCCACAACGGUCGCUACCUAACCGCAACCGACACGCCGUUUCUCCUCGGCAUGACCGGAGACAAAGUCAUUCAAUCCGAAUACGACGCGGGGUUGAGCUGGAAAUACGAAUGGGAACCGAUAAAGGAAGGGUUCAACGUGAAACUGAGGAGCUGGUGUGGGAAGUUGUUGAGAGGGAACGGCGGAACGCCGCCGUGGAGAAACUCUAUCACGCAUGAUGAUCCUUAUACUGCUGCUACGAAUAAUUGGAUUCUUUGGGGUGUUGAGGCUGUGGAUGAUAAGAUGAAUGUUGAGUUGAUGAAUAGAGUUAGUUUUGUUUCUAAUUCUUCGUUUGGUUCUGGGGAUGACGAGGUUCACGAUUCUGAAUUGGUUUCUGAGAAGAAGAAGUCUUGGUCUUCGUUGAAAGUUCGUCGGAAUUCAAAGUUGCAGCCAGAGCCAUCGAUCAACUCUGUGCAGAAAACUACCACCACCACCAACAACAACAACAACAGCUUCACCUCUUCAUCAAUGGAGUUUUUCCAACGCGCCAAAGCCGUUCGCCUCCGAAGCCACCACGACAAAUACCUCCACGCCGAAGAAGACGAAGAAUCCAUCAACCAAGAACGCAACGGCUCAUCCAAAAACGCCAAAUGGACAGUCGAACACAUCCCCGAAUUCGACAACAUCAUCCGCCUCAAAAGCUGUUACGGCAAAUACUUAACAGCCUCCAAUCAGCCGUUACUCCUUGGCGUCACCGGCCGCAAAGUCGUUCAAACACUGCCGCGGAGACUCGACUCCUCCGUUGAAUGGGAGCCUGUUAGAGACGGUGCGCAGGUUAAGCUGAAAACGAGAUACGGUAAUUUUCUGAGAGCUAAUGGUGGGUUACCACCUUGGAGAAAUUCUGUUACGCAUGAUAUUCCUCACAGGAGUGCUACGCAGGAUUGGAUUCUUUGGGAUGUUGAUGUUCUUGAGAUUCAUGUUGGGAAUCCUCCUCCUCCUCCGAUUCCUCAUUCGGAUUCUCUUGACUUUGGAUCUUCGGCGCUUUCUUUCAAAUCUAAUCGGUUCGAUAGACAAGAGUCAACAGAUAGUGUUGGUUCGCCACCGAAGAUGGAGGGGAGAACGAUAUACUACCAUGUUGCUGAGGAAAAUGGAGACGUGGAUGAUGAGAAUGUGCAGGGCUAUUCCUUAGUCUUCAAUGGGAAUGAUGUCGAGCAGUUGACUCGUAAGUUCGUGGAAGAAACCGGACUUGAUGGAGUUAUUGUGUGCAGUCGAAGUCCUUUGAAUGGAAAACUUUACCCUCUUCGCUUGCAUCUUCCUCCAAACAAUGUUACAAUGCAAGUUGUUUUGGUCCUUGCCUCCUCGAAAGUUGCAAAAGAAUUUGAAGAACAGGGUUUACUGUGACCAGCUAUAUCUUUGGAGUCUUAAACCUAUUAAAGUGCAAGGCCAAUUUACAUUGUAACCCAUUGGGUUUCAAUUCUAUUUUAUAGCAUUUAAUUUAAAAAUAUGCUGAAAGACUCCACCUUGCUCGAGCGAGACUACAAGACUGUAGGCGAUCUCGCCGUUGUUAAUGCUAGCUUUGGAUUUGGGUACUUUGUUGUUGUAAUUUACUGUUAUUCAUUAUAUUUUUUUAGAUGUAUCUCUUGUAUAGAGAUCAUUAAUCAGAAAGGUGCAGUCAUGGAUUUUUUCAGGCCGAUAUAAAUGUCAAUAGUUUCUGCUUUA